AUGUCAUCUUUUCUGGCGGUGCCGCUGAAACAUACGAACGAAGUGGACUUAGUGAAACCACUAACGAGUUAUGUCGAGAAUAUUUAUCAAUCAGCGAGUGAAUUAAGCUCAGAAAUUAGUGAAGCCAUGCAAGAACUGAAUAAGAUGCGAAACAAAGCUUGCAAUCAACCCUUGGAUAAACAUCAGAGUGCGCUGGAUGUCCUGACUAGAUAUUAUGAUCAGCUGGUGGCCAUUGAAAACAAAAUACCAAUUACUGCGACUCAAAAUCCUAUCAACUUUAAAUGGAAAGAUGCCUUCGAUAAAGGCUCACUCUUUUUUGGCCGAGCUUCACUGACUCUAAGUGAUGGUGCAUUUGAAAGAGCUGCUGUAUUAUUCAAUUGUGGCGCUUUGAUGUCUGAGAUUGCGGCUUCUCAACCCAUGCAUACUGACGAAGAACUCAAAACAGCAGCAAAAUUUUUUCAACAGUCAGCUGGUAUCUUUGCACAUCUGAAGGAUACGAUCCUGGGGAUUGUACAACAAGAACCAACUCCGGAUCUUAUGCCUGAUACAUUGUCAGUACUUUCAAUAAUUAUGCUAGCUCAAGCACAGGAAGCGAUCUACAUCAAAGCUGAAAAAGAUAAAAUGAAGCCACUUGCAUUGACGAAAUUAGCAGCACAAUGCGCGGAGUAUUAUCAAGAAUCUCAGAAGCAACUGCAAAGAGAUGCUGUUAGAGGUUUAUUUGACAAGGAAUGGACAAAUACUAUAAAAGGUAAGGCUUUGGGACUUUCAGCUCUCUCUCAAUAUCAUAAAGCAAUGGACAAUGCAGAUUCGAAGAAUAUAGGUGAACAGCUAAGUCGAUUAAUUGAAUCACGGUCUCUCAUGCAACAGGCAGUCAGUUAUAUGCCUCAUGGAGCAUUCGAUAUACAAAAUGCAGCUAUUGAAAAAGCAUAUGCAACAGCUAAAAAGGACAAUGACUUCAUUUAUCACGAGAGAGUUGCUGAUUUCCGAAGUUUGCCACCUUUACCUAAGGCUGCGGUUGCUAAAAUCAUACCGGUUACUUUUCCAAUGACGCCACGAUUUAAAGACAUGUUUUCAAGCCUUAUACCGGUCCAAGUACAUCAAGCUACGGCAUCUUUUGAUGCUCGGAAGUCAGAAGUUAUCAAUAUGGAAACUAGUCGUCUCCGUGAACAUACUCAAAUAAUGAAUGGGAUAUUGGCAUCGUUAAAUUUACCCGCUGCUUUGGAUGACGUGACGAAUAACGAAGCAUUGCCAGAAUCUAUCCGACAAAAAUCCUCUAAAGUUAAAUCUCAGGGUGGAAUUGAUGUCCUUCUAAAUCUUAUUGCUGACUUGCCAAAUAUUCAUAAAAGAAACCAAGAAAUUUUGGAUGAAACCUUGCGACUGCUUAAUGAAGAAAAAGGAAACGACGAUCGUUUGCGAUCACAGUUCAAAGAUAAGUGGACACGUAUGGCUUCUGAACAGCUUACAGCUCCACUUCACCAGGAAUGUGGUAAAUAUCGUGGCAUUCUUCAUGCAGCUUCCAAUGCGGACGAAAUGGUCAAGCAGAAACUGGAAGAGAAUAGAGAAGGAAUCAAGUUGCUUACAGCAAUACCGUUUCUUGAUUCUUCAAAUGCUAAAACAAAUUCGGAAGCCGUGAUAAAACUUAGAAGUUUAAUGGAUGUUGUACAAGAAAUCAAGAUUGAACGAGAGAAGUUAGAAAAAGAAUUCACUAAUGUUCGUUGUGAUAUGAGCUCUAUUUUCCUGAAAGCGCUAGCCGAUAACCAAUUUAUCAAUGAAGAAGAGAUUUCUACUGCUAAAAUUGCAGAAAUAUAUGGCCCAUUAAAAGCCAAAGUAAAUGAAACUAUUAAAAAGCAAGAGGAUUGUUUGGCACAAGUGGAGUUUUGGAAUAAGAAGUUUGGUUCCGAAAAAACAUCCAGCAAACGUGCUGUUGAACGUGAACGGAUUUUGAAGAUAUUGGCUAAUGGGCAUGAUAAAUUUUUAGAGAUUAAGUCGAAUUUGGAUGAAGGAACAAAGUUUUAUAAUGAUUUGACUCCUCUACUAUUACGAUUACAACAAAAAGUGUCUGAUUUUUGUUUCGCUCGGCAGACCGAAAAAGAAGAUCUGAUGAAGCAAUUGCAACAAAAUAUUGUUUCCGGUUCUUCAAAUAGUAGUGCACCUCCUCGACCACCCCCACCAAAAGCUUCAUCAAAUGCAUCCUCAUCAAAUAAUCCGUUCGAUGUAGAACCGCCAAUUCCACCUCCUCGUUAUGUUAACAGCCUUCAAGCAUCACAAGCACCAUCCAUACCGCCUCAGAAUCCGAACUAUCAACCUCAGUCCUGCAUUCCUCAGCAGCAACAACCAUCUGCACCUUUUGCUCAGGCACCUUAUGGAUAUCAACCUCCGCAAUCAUCUUAUCUGCCACAGCCUCAAUUUAAUCAAAAUUACACAACACCUUAUCCAGUUGCAUAUCCUGGGACGUAUCCCGGAGCUUUCAAUCCUCCUUUACAUACAUAUAGUCAAUUUCCUUCAUCGACAAUGUCACCACAAUGGGGCAAUCUGCAGUCAUCAACGCCGCCACAAUGGGGCAAUCUGCAGUCAUCAACGUCGCCACAAUGGGGCAAUCCGCCGUCAUCAACGCCACAGUAG